CCCCAAACCCAUGUGCUUCUGGAGGAGGUGAUUCCCCUCAAUGUGUGAGUGUAUUUAGACAGUGAGAGGGACCGGUGAGUGAGUGCAGGGUGUUAGGGCGCGAACCAACAGCCAGUAUGAUGGGUUGACCUUUGGAAAGUGUCUCACCUAAAAACCUGAAGAACAUGGAAGCCAAAAAGGUCCUCCAUUUUGUGCCAUCUGAGGCUCCAGCCAGCGGGAGGUCAAAGAAUGGAUAUGUUUUUCAAGAAAUGGAGCUGAAGGACGGGGAGCCGGAGGACUGUGGACAGGAUUCACCUGUCAAGAGCAGCAUCUAUGAAAACCAGAUCAAUAUUUCAGAUGCUGAGGGGCCUGGCUUUGGACUUUUAAACACAACAAGAAAAUAUGUAAAACCAAUGAACUUCCAGGAGGAAGUGCGAGGCCACAGAGACCUGGACGGAUUCCUGGCUGAGGCGAGUAUCCUCCUGGAUGAAAAAGCUGCCACUCUGGACGAGGUCCUGAGGCGAAUGUUGACUCACGUGGUGGUGGACGGACACGCGAGCUGCGACGUGGACGAGGUCAUGAACUCACUGUUCACGGACGCAGGAGGGAAGGAGUUCAAUGUUCACCUUCUGUCAGAGACCAUUCAGGGGGUGACAGCCACUUCCACUGGUGUUCGGUACCAGCAGUCCUGGCUCUGUAUUCUCUCAAAUGUGAGGAGUCUGCAGAGACGUCACGUUUGCAUCGUCCGUCUGGAUAGGCCACAAAACUGGGGAGUCAACUGCUGCGAGGCUCGAUAUGUCAUCCUUAUUCUCGCGCCUCCUAGAACGAAAAGCACCAAGACGUCUAUCGAACUGGGCAGAACAUUUGCGACAAUGUUCUCCGACAUCUCCUUCAGACAGAAGCUUUUGGAGACCAGGACCCAGGAGGAGUUCAAGCAGGAGCUGGUCUACCAGCGACAGCAGCUCAGUAUCAUGACUGAGAAGGUGCUGGUGGAGGAGGUGGUGGACUCCGAUCCACGCAGAGGAAAAGCACUUGAGUGCAUAGAUUUCUUCAAAUUUGGUAAAGGUAUUUAUGAUGACCUCCGUCGCAGACUCCCACUCUACCCGUCAGACUUCACAGAUGGUAUAACGGGGAAAGACCGCUCUCUGCUGAAGUACACUACCACGGCUAUUUUCCUCUACAUUGCCAUUCUGCUGCCUGCUAUUGCUUUUGGCUCAUUGAACGACGAGAGCACAAGAGGAGAGAUUGAUGUUCAGAAGACAAUUGUUGGUCAGAGCAUUGGGGGAGUUAUUUAUUCUUUGUUUGCUGGAUCUCCGCUUGUCAUUCCACUGACCACUGCGCCACUGGCCAUCUUUAUCAGUGUGAUCAGGGGCAUCUGUGAUGACUACGACCUCGACUUCGACGCUUUCUAUGCCUGCAUCGGUUUAUGGAACAGUUUGUUCCUCAUCCUCGGUGGCUUGUUCAAUGUCAGUCUGCUGAUGAAACUCUUCAAGCGCUCAACAGAAGAAGUCAUUGCUUUGUUCAUCUCUAUAGCAUUUGUCGGGGAUGCGGUGAAAGGCACCGUCAAAAUUUUUCAACAUUACUACCAUGGACCCACACUGGCAACGUCAAACAGUACCGUGGUGCUUGAGCAGAUUAAAGAGAUUCUUGAGAAGAUGAACAACCAGACGUUAAACACACCCGAGCUUCACAAUGAGACGGCGUCAGAGGCGGGACAUUUGGACGGACACACGUCAAUCACCCUGCCUGAGUCUCUGGUGUUGUGUACGAGAGAAAGACCCGUCCUCUGUCUGCUGCUCAUGUUGGGGACGCUGGCGUUUGGUUAUUUACUCUACCUUAUCAAGAGGAGCCCGUAUCUGAACGGUAAAGUCAGAGAGGUGGUCUCAGACUGCGCUCUGCCUAUCUCUGUGGUGGUGUUCUCAUUCAUCGGCUCCUACCUUUUCCUCGACAUACAGCUUCCUGUGUUCAGUGUCCACAACGGCCCAGUCUUCAAUUUCCCUCCAUUUGACAAGCUGUCAGGGAUGAACACACUGAGCGCUGUGGGGCUGGGCUUCCUCCUCGCGCUGCUCAUCUUCAUAGACCAGAACAUCGUCAUUUCACUCACACAUGUACCAGAACACAAGUUGCUAAAAGGCACUGCGUUCCACUGGGACUUAAUGCUGACUGGCUUCAUCAACAUCCUCAUGUCCUGUCUGGGGUUGCCAUGGAUGCACGCUGCCUUCCCACAUUCCUCCCUGCACGCCCGUCAGCUGGCAAAAGUGGAACAGCACGUAGAGAACGGACACCUCUACACGACUAUUGUCAGUGUGAAGGAGACACGUCUGACCUCGUUGGCGGCGAACAUCCUGAUCGGCCUGUCUGCCUUCAUGCUGCCUGUUCCUCUGCAGUGGAUCCCAAAGCCCGUCCUCUACGGCCUCUUCCUCUACAUCGCCGCCACUUCACUUGAUGGAAACCAGAUGGUGGACCGCAUGGCCCUGCUGCUGAAGGAGCAGACGUCCUAUCCUCCCACUCAUUACAUUCGCCGUGUACCUCAGAGGAAGGUGCAUUACUUCACGGGGCUGCAGAUGAUCCAGCUGAUCAUCCUGUGUGCUUUUGGGAUGUAUCCUCUACCCUACAUGAAGAUGGUCUUCCCCCUUCUCAUGAUCCUACUUGUUCCUGUCAGGACCAGUUUGCUGCCUAAACUAAUCGACGCCAAGUAUCUGGAUAUUAUGGACGCUCAGCACAUGUAGAAUGAAAGAGCAACGCUACGAAAAGAUGCAUUAUCCUGUGUGUAAGGGAAACAGACUCAGAGCUCAGUGAUUAUGUUAAUGAAAUGCAUUUGGACUGCAAGAUUUCCAUGUGAGUGCUCUACUGGUGGACGGCUGAAGUGGUUAGAUAACCACUUCCACGCCUCAUUUGUUCUCUCCUAGUUGAACACACAUUGUAGCUGAUGUUAAUACGCAACAUUCCUGUAUCUUCAUCGUAUUUUACAAUAUACACAUUUACUGUUUUACUAUUUUUUUUUCUCAGUCACACUUCCGUUUCCAGCUGCUAAAUGGCAGAUGCAGUUUCUUUUUUUUUUUUUUUAAUAAUGAUUGGUUUUUUCUCUUAAUAUAUCAUUUCGUCGUAUGUUGUGUAAUAUUAUUGGAGUUGCUUGGUCUGCGUCUGACUUCAGUUUAAGGUACAAGGCUGAGGAGGUGAUUACAGAUAUGACUUUUCCACUUCAGAAAAUUAUAUUAUUAUCAUUAAGGAGACACAUAUCACAAUAAAGUGCUAUUUUAAAGGUAAUUUUUUUUUUUUUUGCAUGACAAUGUUGGAGUGUAAAAUGAAUCUAUUAUGAAGUAAAUAAAGCUUUUUAAAGGACAAGAAUCAACCUCUUUGAUUAUAAAAAAACAAAUAUUAAUCAGUCAGGUGUCAGUCACCGAUAAAUAACAAGCACGUGCUCAUUUUCUGAAAUACAGUUGUGGAAAAAAUUAUUAGACCAACCUUGUU